CAUCGGCAGUUUCCGCACACGCUCCGAAUGAAAAUUAAAUUUAAUGCAACCUGUAAUAAAUUCGCAUGUCUCGUGCUUCCGGCCGUGCGGCAACGCAACCCUUUGAUUAGUUGCGAUUGUUCACUCCCACGAGCUAUGCAAAUUUUUCGCGGGAAAUUGCUUCUCCCUUGCCCUUUCGCGCCUUAUCGGGUGGCACUGGCGUCUGCAUCCUGUGUACCUGUGUGCCCCAGCAACCCCAUCCCCGUUGAAGACCCCAGCUGCCAUUGCCGCGAGGCGUCUCCGCUAAUUCCCUCGCGUAUUCGCCAAAGCCAAACAAAGCAAUUUGUUGUCAUCUGCACUGGCAGUUCUCUUCAAUUUCCACCAAAUUUCGGGCAUAAUAAUAAACUUUUAUGCGCAUUCCGCUGGCAUAACAUCCGCUUCCGCCUGGCAGGAGGAUGGAGUGGUGUAAGUACUCCCUCCACAAUCCUGAAUGACAAUCAGCAUGCGGUCUCAUAUCCGCACCAUCGCAUCCAAGGCAAACAAAGCGAAGCAAACUUUCACUUUUCGGAUAUUGCGAAACUAUUUCUCUCGCCCAAACCUCAACCCUUUGCCACCCGCAGCGUGUGCGGCGCUCCGCGGCGCGUAGCUCGAACCGUUGACACAAAUCGCACUAAAUCAAAAAUUAUACUUUAUACAAAUAAAACGACGAAGACGACUAGAACGACUAGGACGAGGACGUUGCCAGCCCAGCGGAAGUCGCUAGACCCUGUGGCCAUAAAUCUCAUAUAGUCAAAUAUUGAAUUACGCAGGAUGUGCUGGAGAGGGAGAUGCUCGAGGGAUGGGCUCUAGGAUAGAAAGGGUUCUUUCCAGCCAUGCAAUUCGCAUAUUCCCAAUUUAGUGGGUCAGAAGGAUGCUCGUGCAUAUGUCCUAGGUCCUGUGUCCUCCCCUCUGUACCAGUACGAGUGCGAGUACGGGUAUGGGACAUUUUCCGGCUAUUGCUUUGUUCUGUUUAUUUAAUAAAAAUUUGAAGUUAUGAGUGCCCUGCCCUGCCCUUGGCCCGGGAGAGGGUCGCAGGGUCGUUUAUGUGUCGAUAAUGAAUAGUUAUGGCUGCUCGGGCAGUGGGAGGGGUGGCGAUCGCCGGGAGGGGGUUAAUGCUUUGUUUGGGUCGCUUAUAAUGCAAUUUAUGCAUGUUUAUGUUCGAGUAGUCGACACUCGAGUGCAGGGGCUGUCACUGUGAGUCUCCCCGUCAAUGGGAUGGGUUGAGCUAGCUCUUGCGAGUAGAUCUGGUAUUCUGGGUAUUCCAUUCAAUUCACUCGGGGGUUUACUUUCGGAUUUAUUGAUAAGCACGCCCUAGUGGUAAAAUCCAAACAGAUAACAGCCUCAUUGAUUUCAUCAUCAUCAUCAUCAUUAUCAUCGUCAGCGUUUCGGUGAUUUUAUAUAAUUCGGGAGAAUUCCCAAUGACAUAGAUGGUUAAUGUUUAGGAAUUCCGACUCUUCGCCCGAUGAUUUAUUUAAGAACGGUCAUCGGCUACACCGCAGUAAUCGUUUAGCUCUCAGCCGCGCUCAGUCGAACCAUAAAUAUUCGCACUAAAUAUGAAAUACUUCAGGUUCGGGUGGCUUCUGUUGUUGGCGUGCCUGGUCCUCUGCUCUGGCGAUGCCUUCGCGGCCCCCAAGCCGAAAGGCAGAGCCAAACCGAAAAUAAGGAUUCCCAAAAUUAACAUUAACAUCCAUCAUAAUAAUAUCCACAUUGGCUAGGAUCGCACUCACUGGCUUUGGAUAAUAGUCGUAGCUUAACUUAAUUUAGCCUUAACUUCUUUGCGAUCCAAGAGACCCUCAGUACACAUAAUCGUACUGUUAAGGAUGAUUAUGGCCAUUAUAUGGUUAUAUGGCAGAUCCAUAUAGUUUUCUAUGAACUCUUUCAGAGUUUCAGAAGAACCAUCGGAAGCCGGUUAGGGUAACCAUUACAAAUAAAGCUAAAUUGUAAGAUAUUGUA